AUUCAUUGUAGUGUUUUCAGUUGUUUUCAUUUUGUCCACCCUUCAAGACAAGACAUAAAGGAAGUAUCAUUUCUGUAGUAACUGAUGCUGUAAAAAAACACUGAAGACUGAAUAUCUCUGUAAAAAGACACAACUGAUCUUACACUGUCAAAUUCACUAGGAAACCCCAGCAACCAAAGUGUUUCAGGCUUUAUUCUAAAGGCAAGUGAGACCACUUCAAAUCACAGUUUAACAAUUCCAAGCUAAGAGAAGGCAGAGAUGAGCAGAAAUCCUUUGGCUGACGCGCACACAGUUGCCGUGGACCGGCAUGAGCAGUGGGAGACCACAGAGGCCAACUGGCAUAAGGAAAAGAUGGAGUUACUGGACCAGUUUGACAAUGAAAGAAAAGAAUGGGAGAGUCAGUGGAGGAUCAUGCAGAAGAGGAUCGAAGAGCUUUGCCAGGAAGUCAAGCUGCGGAGGAAAAUGAAUAUGAAUGAACAUUCUAAGGUCAUUGGUCUUUGUCAUGAUCAAGAUAAAAUGAAAUUUCCUCCAAAUCCAAACUUAGGACAAUGCGAAUUCAGAGUGCUCAACCACCAAGAUGAUCCAGAAAAGGAAAAGAAAACAGAAAGGGAUUUCCUUGGGGAAGAAAGUCAAGUGUCUCCAGAACAAAAUAUACACAGAGAAACCAAAGUGGGGUUUCAGAAUCCUUUGGCCACAGACAGGAAGGCAUGUGAGGCUUGGGCUGGUGAGACGACCUCUAAGGAGAGCAAAGAUUGUUCUGUCGCCCUUAACACCGCUCUUGAAGAACUUGCAAAAGUUAGUGAAGAAUUGUGCACCUUUCAAGAGGAAAUCCGAAAGCGUGCUAGCCACAGAAGGAUGAAAUCAGAUCCUGUUCUGCAGGAAAUGCCAAAUGCAACCCAUGUGCCUCAUGAGGACCACUUGAUCAGCAAUGGCCAGGGCAUUCUUCCAACCAAUUUGGAGAAAAAAAAGUGGAGCAAGAAUCCGAGCUGCCAAUGGACUCCAAAACAGUUCUGUGGGCAACUGUGUUCCAUUGGCACGACUGGUUUACAAAGAACCGGAACACCACCAGCUCCUCCUCCAAGAAGUACCUCUCGGAAUCUUUCCAGGUCAUAUUCUGAACAAGCCCAGGAAAGACUGAAGGAAAGUUUAUACCACAGGUGGGUGGCCCAUGAGAGUCAAGACAAAACAAACCACAAUCCUCAUUUCCUCUUGAGGCAGUCCCCAUUGUUUCCACAAGAAGGCAAGAGUGUGAAAGACAGUACCAUGUUUUCCUCUUGGACACCAGAAGUCAAACUAGAUAGACAGCUUCCAGGUAACAAAGACAUUGGACUUAAUUUGUGGUCAUGUGACACUGUAUUAGGUACAAAAGAGAGCCUUUCCAGGCCAUCUCAAAAAACUGGUUUUACCUCCAGUGCAGCAAAAUCUGAUAAGGUGAUUCCAGGUAACCCUAUGAAAUCGCAUCUUGAUCUUCAUGUGAAAAAUGACUUUCUUCCCUCAGUGACACCGAGGGACCCAGUUAGAAGUUACAACUACAACUUCGAACCAACUCCAAGGAAUGAAAAGCUGGCCGCAAAGAUCGAUGAGUUGCACAGAACGGUUUUUAGAACAGACAGAGGUUGUCAAGCAAUACAGGAAAAUGAAAGCUAUACAAAAUCACCUGACAAUCUCAAUACCUGUGCUAUCUCUACUGCUCACAGAGCUGACAUACCAGAAAGUGACAAAGGGACCAGCGUUCUGAAAGAGACUGACAACGUGCCUGUGCCCAUGGAAAAUGUGUUCAGUGAUCCCACAGAAGCAUCCACAGUAGGCCUGCUCAAACAAAUGCAGACACGAGAGAGUCCCAGCAGCUGUCAGCUGAUGUCCCAUGAGCAUGACUGGAGACCAAGCGAUUUUUCUAGCCGGCCAAGGUCAGCUGAUCCCAAAUCAAAUUACGGUGUUGUGGAAAAGUUGUUGAAAACCUAUGAGACUGAGACAAGGUCUGCACUGCAAAAUUCAAAAUGCUUCAGGGAUAACUGGACCAAAUGUGGUUCUGAUGAGUCCAUAGCAGUGAAAGCCUCCAAUGGAAAAGGAUUUUCCCGACCUGCCAGACCAGCCAAUCGCCGGCUCCCAUCCAGAUGGGCCUCCCGAUCACCAUCUGCACCCCCAGCCUUGCGGAGGAGCCCACAGCUAUAAAGUCUCUCUGCAAACCGAAGCCCAGACGCUCUAGGUCUCUAGCCUGGAUUGCUGGAUUACAAAGGCUAUCAUACCUUUUGCCAAACUGAAUCUUCAGAAUGUUUACAAACAGUCCUGUUCUCAUCUGUAUCUUCUAAGACCACUGGGACAAGCAAUCCAAAUCCUAGCUUUCCAUCAGUCUUCAGUGUUUUUAAUCUAUGGGAUCAUUAUCUCUUUGUACUUUAAUUUCUCACAUUAGAUUUUUUAUUGCCAUCCUCAUUGAUUUUCUGACGUGAUUUAAGUUGACACGAUGUACUAUAUUGUAUAUUCUAACUUUCCUUGCAAAUGCAGAAAAACGAGGUUCUGUGCAUGGCCAUGUGUUUGUGGGUGCAUGUGUUGUCAUAGGAAGUAUUCUGGUAUGUAUUUAGGUAAAAAUUUAUGUGCUAGUGUUGAGUUUGAAAUUAUAACAUGUAGACCUAUAUAUUCUUUGUGUUUAUUUUAGAGUUUUGAAAAUAUACAAUCCUAUUUAUAUUUUGCAUAGCUUUUAAUAGGUACUCACCUAAGGCAUUUGACAUUCAUGUAUCACUUAAUGACUUCCUUGGCGACCAACUAUAUUGAAAAAUUAAGAAUUAUACACAAACCUAAGAUUAACAGUUUUCCAGAAAUCAAUCUUAAAUAGCAUUUUAACCCAUAUGAAGAUAACUGAUACUGCUCAUUUCUUGUUAAAUGAAAAUGUCACAGGUUUAAUAUACCAGCUUUCUCAAGCAAGCGUAAGAUGCUCACACAUGCUUUUAUAUAUCACCUGGUAGUCUCACGUGGUUUAAUUGUAUACUUGACUGUCAGCCAGGAUCAUUAGACUCCCUUAGUAAUGACAGGACACAGUAGUGGGUUUAUUUUAUCAUUCUCAUUAACAAACAUUUCUUAAAUGAGAUAAAGAAAGGAAUCAAAUCGUGCUAAAUUCUCCUUUUUGUUAAAAUUGACCCGAGUUUUCAGUUGUUUGCUUUAUCUGGAGUUCCUUUGUAGAGGUAAGUUGCUUGGGUUUUGUUUGUUUUUUUUGUUUUUCUCCUUCCUCUUUUCUAAGAAUUUCCCCAAAAUUAGUAGAUAAGACUAAUUCACUUUUUUAUGCACAACAAGAAUGAUCAGGAACAAGUUUUGCUGACAGCUCAGUUAUAUUGUAUUUCUUACACUGUAUAAAAAGGCCUUAAACCGAAUCGGGCAUUGCUAAGACACAAUGAUGUACAUCAAAGUUAUAAAGUGAUUACACCUGAUGCAUUAAGUCUAUACUGAGAAGUGGCAUAGGAGAAGUACAAGACUUAAGGUACUUAGAAUCCUAUAUGGAUCAACUUAGACACAACUUUGCUGUGCGUUGUUCCCAUUUAAAAAUCAAUCCUAUUACAUGGUUUGUUAAAUAUUAAUUCUAUUUUAUCCAAAAAUCUUAAGAACUUCUCUUUACCAAACAAAAUCAGUAGGCUUUCUGCCUAUAAUAUCCUAGCCACUAAGAGGAUUCCACCUUGUUAUACCAUUCCCUGAAGUAAAACACACACACACAAAAAUAACUUUAAAUCACAGAUUGCCUUAAAAGGCUUGCGACUGUAGUUCAUGGUUUACAGUAAGAAGACUUCUAGGGCUUAAGUGGUAUUAAGUGUCUAGAAUGUGAAUUUGGCACAAAUCAUGAAGGUUGUAGUUCUACUUUUCUCAGUCUUGCAUCCUUCAGGGACCUUUUUCUACCACAGGAGAGUAGCCUAGACACUUUUCCACUAGAGGAGAGAAAACACUGGAAAAGGGGUUCCUUGGGGCAUGAAAUGAUAACCCAAAACCAUUGCUGUGGCCACGUCUGUUUCUUGGUGUCCCUGAAUCCCAGGCAGCCUGGGAACAAUCUGUAGCCCCUGUCUUCAUGUUCAAAUCUGAGUGUUGAGGUCUCCUUUAAAGAUGGAAAAAAUCCUGAUCUCAUCCCAAAAAUAAUAAAGAAAGAUUUCCAGCACUGGGGA